AUGGCUGCUGCAAUAUAUGGCUCUCACCAGGAGACUGUCAGACAGAAAGGUAGUACGAAGUGUCCCAACCACAGAAUGAAAGAUGUUGUGUAUGUUUGUCAGGAUUGUAAAAUUCUUAUGUGUACAACUUGCUGUAUAAAAUCUGUUCACAAGACUCACAACCUGGAGGAACUUAGCGUCGUUGCUCAGGAGAAAAAAACGGUCAUGCUGGAUUUCGUCAACCUAUCAGAAAAGAACACACUUCCUCAUCUUAAAGAUGACCUCAUAUCAAAAGAACACCUAAUGACAGAAACUUCUUCAGAAUUCAAGACAGUUUCCUCAAAUAUGAAGCUCCAAGGUGAAAAAUGUAAACAAGAAAUAGAUGAACUGAUAGCAGGCUUCACUUGUAUUUGUGAUGAAAUGGAGGGAAGUAAUUUGGAGUUAUUACGACAUCAGAAGAAAGACAAACAACACAGAUAUGAUAUUGUAUUUUCAGAAGUAGAAGAAUGUAAGGAGGCUCUACAAACAAGCACAGAUGUUGAGAUAUUUGACACUGACUUUGAUACACUUGGGAGUUACACAGAUACCAACCCACCUGUAUUACAAACCUGCCAAUACACACCUUGUACAACAAUCACUGAUCAUCUCAAACAGGCAAUCGGUAAAUUUACCACAGGUUCUACCGGCCCUUCACAAACACUCGUGGCUGCUACAUCCACCAUCGACACAUUAAACCAAUGUCAAGGGAGUUCUGCUGGUCACACUGACAUCGAGAAAGCAUGCAUUCACGCUGGGAAGUCAAUAUGUCAACCUCCUUUGAAUGAACUACUCGAUAACUCAAUUAUUAUAUCACAGUUUCCAGUCUCAGCAGCAGCUCUGUCAAUGAGUUUAACACCAGAAGGUAACCUCUGGAUACUGGAUGAUGGCGGGGAAUUAGUGCUUCAGAUCAAUGAUAAAGGUGAAACAAAACAGAAAAUUGAACUUCAAAAUAUUAUCUAUGAUAUAUGUGUGUCCCUUGAAACGGGUCGUCUCUGGUUCUGUUGUGAUGAUAGAACUAUAUAUGAAAUACAAGAACCAGCCACACCUGUACCACAGUUCAAAACAGACGACAAACCAUCUUGUCUAGGCAUUACCAAUAGUGGUGUAAUUGUGGGUACAGAAAACAGUUUAUCUUUACACACAGUCACAGGAUCUGUUCUACACACUAUCACGAAAGCGGAACAAUCAGACUUCUUACCACCAUUUAAAAUAUCCAGCUGUUCAGUGACAGGAAACAUAGCUGUGGUACACAUUAUAGAUAACGAAGAGAGUGAAGAAUUCCCAUAUAACUCAACAAUGCAUAUCGGCGUAUAUGACAGAACCCUCAAUCACCUAUUUGACUACAGAGGGGAAGGGAUCCAGGGACAGGAGCCUGUUACACCAGAAACUUUCGGUCCAUGGUCAGUUCUCUACGAUUCCUUUGGAAACCUGAUUAUAGCGGAUGUGAAGGGGCAUACAAUAGAAUUGUUAACUGGGACUGGCCAGUACCUGAGAACAUUGGACUCGGGUGAAGAAUAUAAAGGUGCGAUAAGCAUAGGGUCUGGGAAAACACUGUGGUCACAGAUGGAAGAUGAUGAGGGACAUAUUACAAUUAAAAUCCUCAAAUAUUGUAAGUGA